ACUAGUAAUUUAUAAGUUAUGCAAUUAUUCUUUUGAUGGGUUUAGUGAAUGCAUCCCUCUGUAAUAGAGCCAGCAGUUUGCAGAUUACAUAAGGAGAACAAAGAUUAAAUGAUUAUCUUUGGAGCUGAGCAGGACCUGAGGAGAUAGGAGGUGGUAAAAUCUGGAAAACUGACAUGUAGGUCAGGCAAGGAAGUCAGGAGAAAUGAUGGAAAUCUGCAGAGAAUAGAGGAGAUUAAACCUAUUGUGGUUGGUGCGUGUGCAGCAAACUCAUUAAGGUUUAAGCUACAGUCAGGAGGUUUGGGUUUAAAAAGAAAGCUCCAUGAUUUUACUUUAAGAGAAUGGAAGAUUUCCUGUUAAUAUGGAUUUGUCACAGGGACGGCUGCUGCUUUCUGUAUUGACGGGUUUCAGCAGACAGGGCCUCAGAGGUGUAAAGGUUAAGAACUCAUCUGUACUAUCCUGAAGGCAAACAAAUUUGCUAGCCUUGAGUAAAGUCCAACGGAACCACAGAGAAAAAGCAGAUUGGACUGUUUCAGAGAGCUUUGCAGAAAAACAUCCCCCUCAAAACACCUUUGAUUCCACCUGUCCUGCUCAGACUGAGCUCUGGCAUCAUGGAUCUUCUCCACAGUUGGGGGGUUGACCUAGCGCUUCAUCUGCAGACCACAUACAGCAGGUAUGAGGGCUUAUUCAACCUGGCAUCUACAGUGGCCGAUCUGCACACCACGUUCUUCUACCUGUUCCCAUUCUGGUUCCACACACGAAGGGACACGGCACUGCGACUGAUCUGGGUGGCUGUCAUUGGAGAUUGGCUCAACCUAGUGCUGAAAUGGGUUCUUUCAGGGGAGAGGCCUUACUGGUGGGUUCAUGAGACCCAGUUUUACGGAGCAGCAGAGGCCCCGCCGCUGCAGCAGUUUCCCAUGACGUGUGAGACGGGACCAGGAAGUCCUUCAGGUCAUGCAAUGGGUGCAGCUGGUGUCUGGUAUGUGAUGGUAACUGCGCUUCUUUCCAUUGCAAAACAAAAACAAUGCCCCCCUCCACUAUACAAGUUGUUGCAGGUUGGACUGUGGCUAUUAAUGGUCCUGGUGAUCCUAGUGGUCUGCAUGUCCAGAGUCUACAUGGCAGCUCAUUUCCCCCACCAGGUUAUUGCAGGAGUCAUAACAGGCGUACUUGUCGCUGAGACCGUUUCCAAGAAGAAAUGGAUCUACAGUGCCAGCAUGAGCCAGUACCUCAUUGUCACAUCUUUCUUGACCUGCUUUGCAAUUGGCUUCUACCUCCUCCUUAAAACUGUGGGAGUGGACCUGCUCUGGACUCUGGACAAAGCCCAGAAAUGGUGUAUCAAAUCAGAGUGGGUCCGCCUGGACAGCACACCGUUUGCGAGCCUCCUACGCAACAUGGGCAGCCUUUUUGGCCUGGGACUAGGCCUGCACUUACCUCUCUACAAUGGCACCACGGACAAGAACACAAGUGCAGUUUUUAAAGUAGGGUGCAUUGCCAUCUCUUUGGUCCUGCUUUACCUCUUGGAUGGAUGGACCUUUUCAUCUGAAAACCAUAUGAGUUUCUAUGUUUUAUCUUUUGCUAAGAGUGCAGUUGCUCUUUUGAUCUCAACCACUCUGGUUCCUUGGGCUCUUUGCAAGAUUUGCAACAAAAAGAGGGAUGAAAAGAGCUCAUGAGAUACCGUGUGAUGUUUAAAGUCAAAUACCACUUUAAAUGUUUUGUGUUUGUUUUUAUUAUAGGAUUGUUUCUUCUGAUGUCAGAAAAGUGGGUCCAAAUUCAAUAAACUAGCAAAUUGGCAUCAACAAGGAUAUCCUAUGAAGUGGGUGAGUUGGUUAGAGCAGGCUCACUGACAAUUUUUUACUUAUUAAUUUCGAAAAUAGCCAUGAAGGCUGAACGUGAAAAUAGUCUUCUACACCUAUCUCCGACAUUUGCUUGUGAUAGAAAAUAGACGGAAACACUGUCACUUAACAUUCAUGGACUCACCCAUCAUAACUCAUGACAGGGAAGGCUGUUGUUGGUUUAGUGUUCAGGAAACAGCAGAGAACGUCUCUGCUAGUAGAAGCUAACAGUUAGCAUUAGCAACUCCACCACAUAGCAGAACUCCUUCGGACUUCUGUUAUUUGUGGAGAUAAAACAUCCUUGUUGCAGAGUAAAUGGAAUCAGUGGUAGAAUCAUGUUGCUGUUAGCCAAUGAGAUGCAAGAUGUUCAAAUAUCAGGAAAUAAGACUCCAAAUCAUGCUUUCUCCUCCAGCUGAAUUUUACAUCCUCAGACAGGCACACCGGAGCUUUUCUAUCCCAGAGAACGACCUACAAGGCAUGUAUUCCUAUAAGAGACCACUGCAAAUGUCUCAAAAAUAUGAGUAAAGUUUACCUGUUGACUGUAAGGUCAACAAAUAAGUGCAACCAACUUCUAACAAUGACCAAAGUAAUCCACCAAAAGUGUGAUAAAUCAGUGUGCACUCUACAUUUUAAAGAACAAACAAUGAAAGGUUGGAAAACGGCUGUGAAACACGACUACCUCAAGUAAAAUAUGAUACAAGAAAAAAAAAGUAGAAAUCUGUUUUGACUUCCAAAUAACUGAACAGAACUUAGCACAGAAUCUAGCCUCUUGCUUUCAUAACUCACUGAAUAAAUCAUCUGUCUACAUAAAUAAUUUAUGUCUGACUCAGGUUUUACUACUAGGAAGUGAACCACUAUAAGCAUGUGUGACAAAUUAUACAAAGUGCAGAAAUCCCAUAGGGUGCUAUACUACAGCUAUGGUACAAAAACAAGACAAGCAGCUGAGGUUAAAUACUAUUAAUUCUGGGCUUGAAAAGUUUGAGUUUAAGCAGAAUUUGACUUAAGUCAUAGUGUUGUAAAGUCCUGGGAAAUCACCUCUUUACCUAAAGUUGAAGCUACUAUUUGUAGCAAGAUGUUAGCUUGAGCUAAUAAGCUUGUGAUGAGAACCAGGAAAAUAAAAAUAAAAAUGUGACUGUAGAAUUCACAAAAUAACAAAAAGAUUAACCACACAAGGAUAAUUAAGUAACUUUCUUCUAAAAGCUGUUAGUUCAAGCUGGCAUCCAUUUGUAGAAGAAAUCAGGUUCUAAUGGUAGUAAUUAGCCACCCGCUAACAUCUGUGAAAGUAUCCGUUUCAAAUAUUAUAAAGCAUUUGUUUAAUUUGUUCACAGAUGAAGAAAACAGUAAUUCGUUUCUUUUUGUAUGCUUUCUCUAUUCUAGACUCUUAUCUACUAGGUCAGUAGUUUAGAUUUAAACUCCUGAAAGUUUCUGUUAGGUGAACAUUAUUUACAUUUUUUUUUGUACAAAUUUAACAAAAACAUGAUUUAGAUGCUUUUAUGGAAACAUUUACAAUAACUGAAAGAGUAUUGUAAUCAUUUAUUUUAUAUAAAAUGUCAUUGUGUCUGUUUUUUCAGUAAAUAAAACACCAUUACAACCAUCAA